AUGGUUGAUUCACCGUUCACCGAUGAGAUUCUGAAUGCUCCGAGUCAGAGGAAAUUUUCCAUGCCCGUUUUCAUUCUGUUCGACGAAACGACUGAUCCGAUCGAUCAUGUGUAUCACAUCCAGUUGAAAAUGGAUCUGAACACUGAGAAUGACUCUUUGAUGUGCAAGUGCUUUCCUACGAGUCUAGCUGGACCAGCUCUAAAUUGGUUUAAGAACUUGCCGAGGGGCUCAGUAUAUAGUUUCCGAAGCUUGUGUGAUCGGUUCAUAAGCCAAUAUUAUGGAAACAAGCGUCCAGCGAAGGAUAUUUCGAGCCUAUUCAUAAUGAAGCAGCGUGCUGAUGAGCGUCUCCAGGCUUUCCUAACCAGGUUUAACCUUACCAAGAGCAUAGUUAUUGAAUGUCACCCUUCAACGGUAGUUCAAGCAUUUAUACUGGCCAUGACCCGUGGCACCCCAUUCCAUACAAGCUUGGUGGUGAACACGACAAAAACUAUGGAUGAACUCAAUGAAAGAGCCAAUGGAUUUAUGCGCUUGGAAGAAGAAGAAGCGGCAAACGCUCGGAAGACAUCCAUCAUAUCCAUGGAAGAAAAGACCAAAGCAAAGAUCAGGCAAAAGUAG